UAUAGUUCUUUGUCUGCUGGCAUGUGUGUAUAUAUAUAUAUAUAGGGUAACUGAUGAAUCAAGCUUUGAAGCACCAAGUGUGAUGGUGGUGGUGGCUGUGGUGGUGGUGGUGGUGGUGGUGGGGGUUUUCCUUGUCGAUGAUGCCUUGGACGGUGCGGAACUGCUCCACAUGGCAGGGAAUAGUGAUGGGACCCUUCUGAUCAAAGCCAUAUUCUUCCUCCGCCUGCUUCAGAAGCUGCAUGAAGAGAGGGUGGUUGAUGUAGAUCACCGGAAUCACGAACCUCUGCUGUUCCUCUCCUUGACCCACCAAAAUCGCCAGACAACCUUUCGGAAUAUCCUUCAGAUCGUCCUUCUUCUCGUGGUGGUGGUGGUGGUGCAGAAAGUGGAUGUGAGGAAGAUGAACAUGAAAAUUAAUCAGAGGAUGAUGAUGAUGUUUCUGAUUCUGAAUGUUACCGUUACCGUUACCGGUACUGUUACUAUCUCCACCAGCAGCGAACCCCAUGUUGAAGAGCUUAAUCCCAGGAAAAAGGUCGAAGCAGAUCAAGAAAGACGGAGAGAGAAAGAAAGAAAAGAAAAAGGGUUUGAAGACGAGGGCUAUAAGAAGAAAAGAGAGAAAGGCCAGGGAUCAGAAGCAGAAAUGGCGAGAGAGAAGAGGGCCAGGGAAGAGUCAGUGAGAGAUCUGGGGAUAUUGCUCAUGAUAAAAAGUAGAAGCAGAGAGAAAAACCCUACAUAAGAAAGGAGGAAGACGAAGAAGAAG